AUGAACAAUCAAAAAAGAAUAAAGGUUAGUAUUUACAGUUAUAAUCCAGAGGAUUUACUUGGAUCAGGGUACAAAAGCCAAGUGUUCAAAGGAAGGAAUGAUAUGAAUGGAUAGAUUGUAGCAAUAAAAGUAUAGUUAUGUAUGUAAUAAGGUUUGUGAUCACUCUAAGAUGUAGCAUGAAAUAGAAAGACAAUUAUUAUAAUAGGAAAUAACAGCUUUACAAAUAUUAGAUUCAAUCAACAUUAUAAAAAUGCAUUUUUACUAACAUAAUAGUAAUUGUACAUAUAUCAUAACUGAAUACUGCAAUGAGGGUAAUAGUUAUUUUAAUGAUUAAAGGUGAUUUAGCAGACAUGAUAAUUAAAAAAGGUUGCAUUUCCGAGAAUGAUGCUGUCAUAAUCUUUCUUCAGAUUUUGACAGGGUUUAAGGAACAAAUCACAAAAGGAAUCAUACAUAGAGAUCUUAAGCCAUCAAAUAUUUUGAUAAAUAAAGGAAUCUACAAGAUAGCUGAUUAUGGGUUUUCAAAAAUGAUUUCAUCUCAAAAAGAAAAAGUAUAUUAUAAUGUAGGCACUACUUUGUAUAUGUCACCUUAAGCUUUAACUGAGAAUAAAUAUUCAGAGAAAAGUGAUGUUUGGAGUUUGGGUGUAAUGUUUUAUUAAAUUUUGAGUGGUAAACUGUAUUUGAUAUUUUUAGGAAAGGUACCUUGGUAGGCUGGUACAGAAUAGGAAUUUGUAAAAGUAAUUACAACUACUCCUAUUCAAUUCUCUAGGAACAUUAAGAUUUCAGCAGCUGCAAAAGAUCUCAUUAUUAAAUGUUUACAAUUAGAAGAGAGUAAGAGGUAUAAUUGUCAACAAUUAUUGGAACAUGAUUUAUUUAGAUAUCAUUAAGGAAGACAAUCUAAAAAAUCUGUUUAAUUUUUACUUAAUAAUUAUAAUUUGGAAAACAGAGCAAAGACUAGUUAUUCUUAAUAACGUCAGCAUCUUUCGGUCUAGCGACUUUAAAGCAGUAAAAAUCUAUAGGAGAAAAAAUAAGAAUUAGUAAAUUAUGGAGAUGCUGUAUAGAAUAUCCUAUACUUACUUAAAAUGAUUUUGAGAAUAGCUAAAAUUAUUGAUCAUUUUGACUUUUUUAUUGAAGGAGGACUUAAAGAGAAACUCUUAUAUUUUGCUAUUAAGCAUGCUAUUUUCAAAUCUAAAUAAGUCUUAUUUAUUUUGAAUAAGGAUCAUUCUACGAUAAAUUAAACUAAGAAAAAUGAAUUUAUUACUUAAAGCAAUAACCUAUAUGAUACAUUUAGAGCCUCUUUUAAUAAAUUAGUAAAUAUAUUCUCUAUUUCAUUUAGUGGGACGCUAUCCAUAGAGAUGAAGUGUUAUUAAACGAAAUGCUCAAAGAUAAAAAGUUUGCAGCAGCAUUUGAUUAAAGUGAUUUAGAAGUUUAAAGUCAUUAUAUUCUUAUGCUUCCAUUAUUAAGAAAUUCAAUAGCUUUGUUGUAGAAUUAAUUGAACUUAAAAUUAAUUAAUAUGAGAGAGUAAGAUUAAUUAAGUGGAGAAGAAGAAGGUGCUAUUCUUCUUUUAACCUAUCUGGUUGUAUACUUAGAAUUAUGUCUAUAUGUAGUCUAACAUUUUGAAACUUCCAUAUUCUAUUUGAAUUAAUUUAAGCUCAAAUUAGUGGUUGAAGAAAAACCUACAAAUCUUACCAAACGAUAAUUUAUGCAGAUAUGCUAAAAAAUUAACUCUUUGUAGCAUAAUUAUGUUCAAUGA